AGCUGCUGGACGAGAGGGAGGAUGUAGUAGUGAAUGUCUGCUGAGAAGUAAGGAUGCAACUAAGGGAGUCGGUGACCCACAGAGCAAGAGCCUUGCCGCGCCGGGGCCUGGUGGCUGGGCCAGACUUUGAGUAUUUCCGGCGUCGCUAUUUCACGCCGGCGGAGGUGGCCGAACACAACCAGCCCGCAGACCUCUGGGUGUCUUACCUGGGAUACGUGUAUGACUUAACGCCGUUGGCAGAGGAGUACAAGGGGAACCUGCUGCUGAAACCCAUCGUGGAAGUUGCGGGCCAGGACAUCAGCCACUGGUUUGAUCCAAAGACUAGAGACAUCCGCAAGCACAUAGAUCCGCUGACCGGCUGCUUGAGGUACCGUACCCCGCAGGGCCGCUUUGUGCACGUCCCGCCUCAGCUGCCCCGUUCGGACUGGGCCAAUGAUUUCGGGAAGCCCUGGUGGCAGGGAUCGUAUUAUGAGGUGGGGCGGCUGUCUGCCAAGACCCGGAGCAUCCGCAUCAUUAACACGCUUACGUCGCAGGAGCACACACUGGAGGUGGGGGUCCUGGAGUCAAUGUGGGAAAUCCUGCACCGCUAUCUUCCCUAUAACGCACAUGCUGCCAGCUACACGUGGAAAUAUGAAGGGAAGAACCUGAACAUGGAUUUUACCCUGGAAGAGAAUGGAAUCCGGGAUGAGGAGGAAGAAUUUGACUAUCUCAGUAUGGAUGGUACACUUCACACACCUGCAAUACUGCUUUACUUCAAUGAUGACCUCACAGAGCUAUAGGAAAGGAGAUGUAUGCUCAUAUAGACUCAAUAUUUUGAGUUUGACUUUUUCUGUGCCCUAAGAGGUGGGGGUUGGAGGUGCCAGGACCUACACCUCUAUUCCCCUUUGGGAACUGGCCUGUGGUUCCCAUGCCCUUUUGAAGUGUAGAGGUCCUAUUCUCCAGUUCCAUUGCAAUUUGCUCCGAGAAAAUUAGGGAGAAUGUUAGAAUGUGAAUUAAUAGUUAGGAACAAUAAAGUAGAAUGAAGUAUCUUGGAUGAGGGAGAUAUAGAAGAGCUAAGUAAUAGAUAGAGCUCAGGCAGAACUUUUUGAUAGUAAGAGAAAGAGAAGUCCUACAGGGAUAACUAAUGGAAGGACAUUUUUGGCUGUGAUGGAAAUAGGAUGGCUGUAGGAAGAUGGGAUUUACAAAUAGGAAAUGUCUAUCACUGACCAUACAAAGCUGGGUUAUCUCCCUCCUAGAAGAGAAUUUGGCAGCAGAAACCCAAGGAAAAGAAAGGAAGUGAAUGUUUAGGUAAUUCAGGUUAGCUAUUAUGCUGGGUGCUUUAUACACCUUCUUUAAUACAACUACCCCAUAAAGUGGAUAUCAUUACCACUAUUUUACAGAUAAGUCUUUAAAAACUUAGAAAGGUUUAACUCCACAAAGGAACAUUAGUUAGUAACCAUCAGAGCCAGGAUGCAAACAGAAGUCUGCCCAACUCUAAAGUCCAUGUUCUUUUCAGUAGUCAAAAGGAAUAAUAGUCAAAGGGACUAUCUCAAUAUCUAAUCUCGUGCUAACAUUUGUAACCACUGCUCUCAGACCUAGUAUUUAGGAUGUGUGUUUGUCCUAGGUUCAUUGCACAAUGGGAAACUGUAGGCCUGUUGUGUAGUCCACAGUUAUGGUCUUUGGAAGGGAGUUAGUAGAGUCUUCUUCAGUGGCAAAGAGGAGGCAGGGAAGGCUAAAGGUCAGCUAAGCAAUAGCCAUUGAGACUACUUCCUUGUUAAUCUCAUGGCAAAAUUUCUCUUCUGAGUUUUUUGAGACAAAGAGGUGGGUAUUUACUGACUCCAGGAAAAACUAGAGUGGGGAAACAGACAGCAGAUGGGACAUUUUAGUAAGGGAACAAAAUGGAAGCACUUUUUUAACGAUGGGCCUUGCCACUUAGGGAAGGUGAGAAAGACACUAUGAAAGAUGGUGACUCUAAAAGAGGGAGCUUGACAGGGGUAAUGUAAAGAGAGGCACUAAGUAAAUCAGAAAACUCUCCUGGUGACUGAGAGAGAACAACCAUGGGGGGCAAGGACUAUAUUUGGUCCCCUUUAGCCUAAGCAGGGGAGGAGAAUUGAGAAUAACAGACAGGUGAACUUCCUCGCAGCAGCAAGCAAAAAAGAAUCAGGGAGAUUUAGUGCAUCUUCCUGGCAGGGGCACUAUGGCCCAGUGCAGGGGAAGGUGGUCCCUGUGAGACACUGGGUGGGCUGCAUAGGAGUUUUCUGAAGGGCGAUUAUGAGAGGCAUGAACAAAGGUGGAAACAUCCCUAAUGGCUUCAGCAGUACCUGAAUUCACUGGGAGACUGACAGCUUUUAUCUAUUCCCAUGGAAUGCAGGAGUCCAAGAGUGAUCUGAAUCAAUCAUUUUGACAUUUAAUCAACUCUGCAAUUAUUUCAUGUGUACCUUGUCGCUCAGUUAAACCCUAAACUAUCUGAGAACCAGAGCUAUGCUGUUCCUCUAGCACCAGCCUCAGGGCUUGUACCUAAGGGAUAUGUUCUAUUCUGCCUAAAUCUAAGUCAAGUAGAUUCUCUCUCCUGAAUCUCUCUGGAAUCCAUCUUGCUUUCUUCAAGUUACCAUCACCUCUUGUCUAGAUUGCUGUGGCAACUUCCUAACCUAUCCUCCCAUUUCCACUUCUGCCCUCCACACUGUAGUGAGAGUGAGCUCUGAAAACCACACCCAAACAUCUGACUUUCCUGCCUCAGAUUCUUCAGUGGUUCUCCAGUUGCUUUUGGAAUAAAGUCCUAAAUUCAAAGGCCUUGCAUAAAUCAGGGCCUUGCAUAUCUCUUCUCUUAACACUCCUCUUUGUUCCCUGUACCCCAGACACACUGGCUGGCUUUCAGUUCAUUAAACAUCUUCUUGCCUCUGAACCUUCACAGACCACUCUCUGCUUGUAGCACUCUUCCUUUCACUUUUCACCUAGCUGAUCCUAAAUGUUUCUUCCUCAGGGAGGCCUUUUCUGAUUUCUCAGUGUGGGUCAAGACUUUCUGUUAAAUCUUCUCUUUGCACCAUGCAAUUUUCAGAGUUCUUACAAUUGUAAAAUUAUGGAUGUGAUUGGCUGGCUGCCAGAUUGUAAGCUCAUGAGGGCAGAGAUCUUGUCCAUCUUGUUCAUUGUUGUAUUCCCACUGCUGGGCACACAGUUGCUGCUCAAUAAAUUUUGAUUGAAUGAACUCAAA